AAUGGUUGCUAAAAAAUUGAAAAUAAUUUUAAUGAUAAAUUAUCUAAUUUUCUUUCGUCUUGUUUUUGGAGUUUUUGGAUUUAAUGGAUGGUACUUGCCAAGUUUUUUGAAAUUUAAUGAGGAUUCAACAUUUCUUUUACCAAUGGAUGAUGUGAAUAAUGAUGAUUCAUUAGGUUAGGUAUCAUGUUACAAAAAUUUAGGUAAAAACAUUAAUUUACAUUAUUUUAACUUAUUAUAGGAAAUUUGAGUUUUUUGAAAUUUUUUGAAAUAUCAAACGAAGAAAGAAUGAUUAUUGAACAUGGUCAAGCAUCGUUAACGAUAUUAGAAAAAAAACAUGAUUGUUUCAAAGAAGCCACAACAACAUUAAAAAAUGGUUGUAAAAAUGUAAAUUUAUCUAAUAAUGAUAAGAUACAAUAUGCGAUUCGUUUAGCUAAAUGCGAACUUGCUACUGCUAACCUUGCCUUUCCUAUGGAAUGUGAUGAUAUUGAUCAUGAUGUUGGAAAAUGUAUCGAAUCUAUUUCGAGAAUUCCUCAAUUUUGGACCACAUAUUCUGGAUAUUUCCGUGAAGUUUCUCAAAUGUGUUUUGCCAUGAGAUAUUCUCUUGAACGAGAUUUAUUGGAAGAAUAUAAUAGAAACGUCACAUUUAAAUAUCAUCAUAUAUUAAAACAUUUACAUGAAAUUAUGAUGACUUUGCGUAAAGAGGAAGUGAACCGAUUAUCUCAAAUUAAGAAAUUUCUAACAAAUAUGGCAAAAGAUGUAAAUGAGCUUGAGGAAACGACUUCGUUUAAUAUGGGAUCAUUAAAAGGAAUUUUAUCGGAUUUUCAAAUAAUUACUCAAAGUGCUUUAAGUCAAAUAAUUCAUCUUAACGAGGUAAUAGUCUUUAACACGAUUUAAUGCAGUUAUAUAUAUACAGUAUAUAUCAC